AUGCAGCUGGGGCUGGAUGGAAUUGCUGAGGAGGCUGCACCGAGAGCCCCUGAUGAGCUCAAAGUCCAGAGAGCAGUGAACAUUCACCCAGGAGGUCUCAGCCCAGCCCAGGAGCAGCUCCCAGGGCAUUGCCCUGUGCCAGAGGGAGCAGGCUGGGCACAGAGCCAGCCCCAGCUCCCAGCCCGCCGGGAUCAGCAGAUCCAGAUCCCAGGGAGCAGAUCCAGCAUCCCAGGGAGCAGAUCCACAAUCCCAGGGAGCAGAUCCAGAUCCCAGGGAGCAGAUCCACAAUCCCAGGGAGCAGAUCCAGAUCCCAGGGAGCAGAUCCAUGAUCCCAGGGAGCAGAUCCAGAUCCCAGGGAGCAGAUCCAGCAUCCCAAGGAGCAGAUCCACGAUCCCAGGGAGCAGAUCCAGAUCCCAGGGAGCAGAUCCAGCAUCCCAGGGAGCAGAUCCAGAUCCCAGGGAGCAGAUCCAGCAUCCCAGGGAGCAGGUCCAGGACCCCAGGGAGCAGAUCCACAAUCCCAGGGAGCAGAUCCAGAUCCCAGGGAGCAGAUCCAGAUCCCAGGGAGCAGGUCCAGGACCCCAGGGAGCAGAUCCAGAUCCCAGGGAGCAGAUCCAGGACCCCAGGGAGCAGAUCCAGGACCCCAGGGAGCAGAUCCAGCAUCCCAGGGAGCAGAUCCAGAAUCCCAGGGAGCAGAUCCAGAUCCCAGGGAGCAGAUCCAGGACCCCAGGGAGCAGAUCCAGGACCCCAGGGAGCAGAUCCAGCAUCCCAGGGAGCAGAUCCAGAAUCCCAGGGAGCAGAUCCAGAUCCCAGGGAGCAGAUCCAGGACCCCAGGGAGCAGAUCCAGGAUCCCAGCAAGCAGAUCCAGCCAGGGACACCCUGGCACACCCCGGGGCAGAGCUACCAGCCCUGCCCGUGCCCAUCUCCACUGCCAGCCCCACCUUGAUUAGAAACCCGUUAAUUCCUCCCGUUAAUCAGGCUCAAUUAGGCUCCUCGUUCCCCGCGCAGGCCGGGCGGGCGGUGCCGAGGGUUUGAGAAGGAAGGCAGCGAUCUCAGCCGUGCUAAUCAGCAGCACCCCGGGCUCCCUGCCCGCAUCAGGCCGGCAGGAGCAGCGCC